AUGGAUGACGAUAAUAAAUUUAAAAUUUCAAAAAAUUCAGGUCAUGGUACAACUCAUAAAAUUAGAGAUGCUUUAAAUUUUACAGAUUCAAAAAAAUGGAAAAAAUUUUCAAGUAGAAGAUUAGCUUUAAUUGAUCAUUUUGGUUUGAGUGAAAGAAAAGCAUCCGAACAAGAUGAUAAUAUUAAACAGAUUGCUCAAAUUUUAAGAAAUGAAUUUAAUUAUCCAUUAGAUUCUGCUUCAGAUUUUGAAAAAUUAGUUACUGCUGCUGUUCAAUCUGUUAGAAGAAAUAGAAAACGUUCAAAGAAGAAAACUUUAAGUAGAAUUACAAGUAAUUCAACUACUACUACUACUACUACUACUACUACUACUAGUAUUUCACCUUCACCAUCAUAUAGUUUAAUUUCUUCAAAAGAUAAUAUUAUUAAUAAACCAACUACACAAAAUAAAAUUGCUUCUUUAUUAAUUGGUAAUGGUUCAACAUUAUCAUCAUCUUCAUCAUCAUCAUCAUCAGAAUCUUCUUCAGAUAAUGAUGAAAAUAUUACAAAUUCUGCAUCUACGACAUUUUCUCCAAUGUUAUCUCCACCUCAAUUGAUUUCAAAGACAAAUUCAUCAGUUGGAACAACUUUCAUUUUACCAAAACAACAAUCUUUAAAUCGUAUUGGUUCUAAUUCUAAUGGGUUAGUUAAUUUACCUUUACCUUCUGUUACUAAUUCUUUAAGUAACAAAAAUAAUAAUGACAACAGCAACAAUAAUAAUACUAAUAUUCACGAGCCAAUCAAAUCUAUGUUAAGAGCCCUAAUAAAGAUUAAUUUAUCCGAUUGUAUAACAAAGGAUUUAAAUCAAUCAAGGAUUCCAAUAAAUUUGAAAAAAAAUUUACUAUCCAAUAUUCAACAAUCUACAUCAUUAUUAUCAACAAUUGAAUCAUAUGAUUUACAAAAUGCACAACAAUUUGCAAAUUUAGAAAAUUUAGGUCAAACGUCAAUCAAAGCUUCAAUAUCUCUUGUAAUUGAAAGAUAUUUUGCAAUGACUCUAAAAGAUUCUUUAUUAGGCAUGUUAAGAGUUAAAUCUUCUUCACAAGAUUAUAUUAAUAAAAUAACAGAAAAUUUAUUUAAUGAUAUUGUUAUUGAAAUCUUACAAUCAAUCGAUCCAAAUUUAUCAACAUCGUCAAUUCAACCAAUAUCAAAUAAAAUUAAAAUAUUUAAUUUAAUUAUUGGUUCUUUAGUUAAAGAUUUUGGCUUUGAUUCUGUUUUAUCACCAUUAAAUGAUAUUAUUCAAAUUUUAAUUAAAUUAGAAUAUCAAGAUUUACAAAAUAAUAGUAAUAAUAAUUUAAAUGGUCUUAAUAUGUUAAGUUCUGUAUCUCUUCAAGUUAAUGAUACGCAAACCUUAGAAUCUACACCUAUUACAAAAAUUCAAUCAAAUUCUUUGCAAUCAAAUGAAAAAUUACCAAGUGUAGCAUUAUUUGAUGAUAUUAUUAAGAGAAUUUCAACAAAGAAUGAUGGACCAAAGAUUAAUUCAAUCACACCAUUAAACAUAUUACCAAAGACUAAUUUAUCAAUGAAAAGUUCUUUUGAAAAUGGUAAUUUACCACAACCUAUCCAUCAAUUUUAA